GAAGAUGAAUAAUAACAUCACUGUAGAAAACUAUAAUGAAAAUGCAGAUGUCAAGAUUCCAAAUCCAAUCAGGACAUUUGAGGAAGCCUUUAGUCACUAUCCUGAAAUAUUGGAUGAAAUAGAAAAGGCAGGAUUUGUGAAACCCUCUCCUAUCCAGUGUCAAGCUUGGCCCAUAGCUUUACAAGGAAUAGAUCUGAUAGGUAUAGCACAGACUGGCACAGGAAAAACCCUGGCUUUUUUACUACCAGCACUCAUCCACAUAGAUGGACAGUCAACCCCACGUGAAGAGAGAGGGGGAGCCAAUGUUUUAGUCUUAUCUCCCACCAGAGAAUUGGCAUUGCAGAUAGAAAGUGAGGUUAAGAAGUAUAAUUACAGAGGAAUCAAAUGCUGUUGCGUGUAUGGUGGCGGCAACAGAAGGGACCAGAUAGAAAUCGUCAGCAGUGGUGUAGAGAUUAUAAUUGCAACCCCUGGAAGACUUAAUGAUUUGAUUAUGAAUGGCAUCAUUGAUGUCAGAAGUGUCACUUACUUAGUUCUUGAUGAAGCAGACAGGAUGCUUGACAUGGGUUUUGAGCCACAGAUUAUGAAAAUUUUGCUUGAUAUCCGUCCAGACAGACAGACAAUUAUGACAAGUGCCACAUGGCCAGAGGGAGUGCGUCGCCUGGCCAACUCCUACCUGAAGGACCCAAUGUUGGUGUUUGUGGGAAGUCUAGAUCUGGCUGCUGUCCACAGUGUUACUCAAAAAGUAGAGAUUUUGGCAGAUGAAGAAAAGAGACCAAGGUUAACAGAGUUUUUGACUCAUGAACUGGGGCCAGAAGAUAAAGUCAUUGUCUUUGUGGGAAAGAAACUUGUAGCUGAUGACAUUUCAAGCGAACUCAGCCUGGAUGGUGUGCAUUGUCAGUGCAUCCACGGGGACAGGUGA